AUGAUUAAUGCCCUUAGUUGGAAUAUAAGAGGGAUGGAAUCUCAGGUUUCUACUGAGAGACUAAAGUAUAUGAUUGAUAAUCUCAAAAUAUCUCUAGUAGUCAUUCAAGAACCUUUUGUUAAGGAAUCUAAAAUUGAUAAUUACAAGUAUAUUCUUGGCAUGGAAGGGUGUCAUGCUAAUACUAGUAACAAAAUAUGGAUUUUCUGGAAACAGAACCUGGAAUGCACUAUUUAUGCUACUGAAGAUCAGAUGGUGACUUGUAAAAUUUCUCAUAAUUCUGUCCAAAAAGAGUUUCUACUAUCAGUUGUUUAUGCUAAAUCAAAAGCUAGUGGUAGAGAAGAUCUAUGGGGCUAUAUGAGGAUCAUUGCUUCUGUCAUUGAUUUACCAUGGGUUGUAUGUGGAGAUUUCAACUGUAUCUUAGCCUGUGAAGAAAAACUAGGUGGAAAGGAUCAUAGGCUUACCAAAAGUAUUCCAUUUAUUGAAUGUCUACAGGAUUGUGAUUUUAGAGAUGUGGGAUACACUGGUGAUUGUUUUACUUGGUCUAAUGAAAGGAAGGAACAAAAGGUUAUAUGGAAAAGAUUAGAUAGAAUGGUGAUAAAUAAUGAUUGGGAGGACUGGUUCUCCAAAACUAGUGUUCAACAUCUGCCUAGGGUUUUCUCGGAUCACUGUCCUCCCCUGAUAUCCUUUGGAAAUGAAUAG